AUGCCCGGCACUGCGUUCUCAACCUCCGAGAAGUACGCUUACCUGAACGGCUUUGCAUCUUAUCACGAGACCGAAGCCAUCAAAGGCGCCCUCCCCAUCGGACAAAACUCGCCCCAGAAACCUCCCUUUGGUCUCUACGCUGAGAAGCUCUCCGGCACUGCUUUCACCGCUCCCAGGCACGAGAACCAGCAAACAUGGCUGUAUCGUAUUCUUCCCUCUGCAGCGCACGAGCCAUUUGAAGACGUCGAUCCCUCCACAUAUCAUACUUCACUCACCAGCGAUGUCUCGUCACUUCGUCAGAUUCCAAACCAGCUUCGCUGGAACCCAUUCGACCUUGAUGAGAAUGUAGACUGGGUCCGAGGCCUGCACCUAGUUGCUGGUGCUGGUGACCCUGCAAUGAAGACGGGUCUUGGUAUCCUACUCUUUGCUGCUGGAAAAGACAUGGGGAAUGAGGCUUUUUAUUCUGCCGAUGGCGACUUUUUAAUUGUUGCUCAGCAUGGUGUGUUGGAUAUUCAGACCGAGUUGGGUCGUCUCCUGGUGCGACCUAAUGAAAUCUGUGUAAUCCCUCGUGGUAUUCGGUAUCGCGUUACCCUGCCAGAAGGGCCUGUCCGGGGUUACAUCUGCGAACUUUACCAAGGCCACUAUCAGCUUCCUGAACUCGGCCCAAUCGGCUCUAACGGCCUAGCCAACGCCCGUGACUUCCAGGCCCCGACUGCUUCCUUUGAGGAUGAGGGCGAAGAGCCCGUUGCAUGGAACCUCAUCAGCAAAUUCAACAACAACCUUUUCUCCGCAAAGCAGAACCAUACACCCUUCGAUGUCGUUGCCUGGCAUGGCAAUUACUACCCAUACAAGUACGAUCUCGGUCUGUUCAAUACCAUUGGCUCCAUCUCCUUCGACCAUCCUGACCCCUCCAUUUUCACUGUUCUUACUGGUCCCUCCGACCAUGUUGGCACCGCCAUUGCCGACUUUGUUAUCUUCCCGCCCCGCUGGCUAGUGGCGGAAGAGACUUUCCGGCCUCCGUGGUACCACCGCAACACAAUGUCCGAAUUUAUGGGCCUAAUUUGUGGCGACUAUGAUGCAAAAGUAGGUGGUGGCUUCAGACCGGCAGGUGCCAGUCUGCACAAUGUUAUGAGUGCCCACGGCCCGGAUGCUGCUGCACACGAAGGUGCUAGUAAUAUGGAGUUGGCACCAAAGAAAGUCGGCGAUGGCAGCCUAGCGUUCAUGUUUGAAAGUUGCCUGAUGGUUGGUGUCUCAGAAUGGGGCUUGAAGACUUGCCAGAAGGUCCAAGAGGAUUAUAAUGACGAGAGCUGGACUCCCCUGAAGAGGAACUUUAAGAAUCCAGAAAAGCAAUGA